AUGGCCUCACGAGGCCCCAAUGAAGGGUCGCCCAAGCCAGAAGUUGGCGACACCUUGAUUGUGAUACAUGAUUUCCAGGCUCGAAGCUCCGAUGAACUCAGUCUUGCGAAGGGAGACCGAGUUGAACUUAUAGAACGAGACGACGAGUUUGGUGAUGGAUGGUUCCUUGGCCGUCAUCUGGUCAACAAUAAUAAUGGACUCUUUCCUGAAGUUUACACUAGGCCAGCCCCAAGAAAUAUCCCCACAAGCACUUUCAGUGCUUCGAAGGCCCAGACUGCUCAGCAAGAACAGGCUCAGGACUCGAGCGCUGAUACAGGUACCAAAGAAGAGAACGAGUUGCAACAACCACAAACUAGGAACCCUGUGACAUUACCUCUCAAUAACGUCAAAUCCGAACCCUCACUGGUGUCGAGCGAGCCGCCUGUGUUGCCCGCCUUGAGCCAACUAACGACUCAGAAUCAGGACAGCCCUGUCUUGCAUGAAACGCUCACUGUUAUUGACGAGCACAUUACCGAUUUACGAUCACCAGCGAGCAAUGGCGGACUCCGAGCGAUAGCGAACGACUCUGGAAGCGAAUAUAGCAGCACCCAUCCCGACCAACGAACAUCAUACAUACAAGGUGAAGAGACUGACGAAGAAGAGGAGGGUUUCCAUACGCGAGACGAAGUCGAAUCGUGGUCUCCCGAUGACGUUGCCGAAUAUCUCUUUACGUCGGGAGUCGAAAAGCACCACUGCGAGGUCUUUAGGGACCAAGAGAUAUCCGGUGAGGUUAUCCUUGGUAUGGAUCAGAGCUCACUGUUCAUCAAGGCAUUCGAUCUUGGGUCUGUCGGCCGGCGCCUCAAGACUUGGCACAAAAUUAAGGCACUUCAGGAUGAAGUGAGUAACCAAGGCCUGGAGACACGGCGUACAACACAAACCUUUGGAAACGAUGGUUCAGAAGAAGGCCGUAGAUCUCGGAGCCGAGCAAACACCCUGACCAAUCGGCCCACUUCUAUUCAGACGAGGCGACUCUCUUUAUCACAGAAUACGCCAAAGGCAUCUCCGACAUUUGGAGGAUCUCAUGCGCAAGAGAGCUCUAACCGCGCUAGUCAUAUCAAGCGGCCAUCCGCGGCGUCGAUCAGGGAAUUGAACCAUUCGCGUCGACACUCUUCGUCGACUGACUUUCGCCAAGCUGGCCCUCCGACGGCAAGCCCAGCCGUUCCCGUUCCUAGGAUCGCGACAUCGGGUACUUUCCCCGGAAGCGAGACUGCCCAUAAAAAGCAACCAUCAUUUGACAGAAAUUGGACCCUAGGCAACGCUUAUUCGCAACCCCCCCAGCGACCCCUUUCUUCAACUGGCCUUCAGGAUCUACUUAGCCCAUCGGGAGCAGAAGCACAGGAUUCUAGCGUCGACGCUGAUCGGGGUUACUUCUCCGGAACAGAAGUGGAUGGGAGGAAGAGAAACUUGUUGCGAAAGCGCGACAGCAAUGCUGAAUCGAGAAAGUCAAGCUAUGCCGAAGAGCAAAGGGUUAGAAGCGCCACAGCUAUGGCACGACAGUCAAGAUUCGGUAGCGUGGGGUCUAUUGCGGAAGGGGGUAUCUCGUCAGCAGCUCAAAAGUACUACGGUAUUCAGUCUGGCGCUCAUAGGAGAACUGCGUCAGCCGCUUCGGAAUCAACGAUGAACAUGCCACCACCCAAUGACGUUCCUUCACCCACCGUCACCAAACUGGACACUUCGGUCAGUUCCGCUCGCUCAACCGCCUCACCUAUGACAUCGAGACAUCAAGGUUUCAACUCGGACUGGCUGUCGUCAAUGGUCAACAAACCCAUUGCCCUGGCUGGAGGAAAGGGUAUGCGGGCCAUAUCUGAUAACCUUAGCCUUGACCGAUCGAAGGCGUCAACUCCAACGGACUCAUCGAACAAAGAUUUCUUGGUCGACUCACCUGCGCGAACCGGCUCGACAACUCCAUCAGGCGGAGCAAGCUUCGAUCUUGAGUCGCCCGACACUGCCAAGAGUCCUAGUACUCCCUUAACCCAGCUCAACAAGAAGGCUGGGAAGAAGGGCAAGAAGGAAACGAGCGCAUACACCCGCGGGCUGCUCAAAAUCUCGCCAAAGGAAGCAAGCAAAGAUGCCGAUUAUAGUGGCUGGAUGAGGAAGAAGAGUUCCAACCUCAUGACAACCUGGAAGCCUCGUUUCUUUGUUCUCAAGGGCCGGCGGCUUGCUUAUUAUUACUCAGAAGAUGACGACCAGGAAAAGGGACUCAUCGAUAUCUCGUUUCACCGAGUUCUACCAGCAGACAAUGAAAAGCUCACAGGUCUUCAUGCUACGAUCACAAGCCUUGGGGGUCAGUCGAUGCCUGCGUCCCAGAAUGGCGAUGAUAACUUGGAGAAGGGAGAUGACUCUAUCUUCAUCUUCAAGCUGGUUCCUCCCCGAGCUGGUCUCUCCAGGGCUGUGAACUUCACAAAGCCAACCGUUCACUACUUCGCUGUUCCCAACCUAAAGCAAGGUCGUCUAUGGAUGGCGGCCUUGAUGAAGGCGACAAUUGAUCGAGAUGAUUCAAAACCCAUCACUACGACGUACCAGCAAAAGACAAUUUCUCUUUCUAAAGCCAAGCAGAUGCGUCAUCGCCCACCGGCUCUGAUGAACCUCGACGAAGGGGCCGAAGAGGACGCUAGCACGGCCCGAAAGGAAGCCAACGGCCUGGGAAUUUCAUACGACGAGGCCGACAGCGGUGUUUCUGGCGUCGACAAACUCGCGGGCCAAAAGGUUGAAGAAACCAAGUCAAACCUAGAGUCUGAGAAAGAGCAAGAGAACCUACAGACAGCUUGA